GCCCUGCUCAGCGCUGUACCUGCAAUUAGAGGUUCCUGGAGAGACGGCAGCCCUCAGCAUGGCUGAAGCGUUUGUGAAGGGCAAAAUCCACCCCAAGAGGGUGGUUGUGUUCAUCAAGCCCACCUGCCCCUUCUGCAGAAAGACCCAAGAGAUCCUCAGUCAGCUGCCCUUCAAAGAAGGGGUUCUGGAAUUUGUGGAUAUCACAGCCAUCAGCAACACAAACAAGGUUCAAGACUAUUUGGAAGAGCUGACAGGCGCCAGGACGGUGCCCCGGGUAUUUAUCGGUGAAGACUGCAUAGGUGGGUGCAGUGAUUUGGUAGAGUUGCAGCAAAAUGGGGAGCUGAAGACCCGGCUGCAGCAGAUGGGUGCUCUAAAGUGACUCCAGGCGGACCACAUGCUGCUGUCCCCCCUGAGAGCUGGAUGACACCCAAAAGGAUGAUAUCACUUCCUGGUAAUGGGAUUUUGAACAAAAGCAGCUGUUUUUCUUUUUUUGGCUCACAAUUAAAAAGUAGACCAACUUGCCACUCACCAUGGUGCCAAGAAGGUCGAUGGACUACUGUGGGUUUCUUCUGGAUCGGCCCCGUGGGUUCCAGAAGACCACGACAAGUUCCAAAAGAUGUUCUCUCCAGCACGUGUUUCUAAUUAACUGUUCUCUGAGGGCCAGCGCCUCUACCUCUAAGUCAGUGUUUCUCAUGUUUAACCCACCCCCCGCCCCCAGGAUAGUCUACCGUUGGUUUCAGCCCAUCAGCUAGAAUUACUCUGCUGAGCUGGCUUUAUGUGAUGAAACCAAUGAAUAUGCUGAACGUAUUCCUUCAAAUUGUACACACUCUCCCUUCCCUACCUUGAGAAUCACUGCUCAUAACCUGUAUUCGAUGUUCUCCAACUCUAUGGAGGGUGUGAGGACCCAGUGUGAGAACCUGUACACAAAAAUUAAGUCCUGAUCUUCACUUGGUGUUCGCUGGAGCCAUGUGGGUGGAGAUUUGGGGCAGAUGACACAAACAUGUGGCAAUACUGUUAAAGCAGUGUAUUAGUGAUUUAAAUUACUAGAAACAUUAACACAUGAAAUGGAAAACUGCUGGGGAUUUACCUCAGUGGCACUGCACCUGCCUCGAAAGCACAAGGUCCUAAGUUCAAUCCCCGGUACAAAAGAAAAAAAGAGGAAACGGUAUCAUAGAAAACUUGUGUGCCCCCACCCCCCAGAAUAUAUCUGAGAAAGAAGCUAAAUUUGAGAAACACAAUCCUAAAUAAUUCCUUUUAUUUCCCACAAUUGGAAAAUAUAAGAAUCCCUUACCAAGAAGUUUAAUUGUAUGUCCUAGAUUUGCAUGAUUAAUUUCCUUCUGUGGUCUCUAGUGAGGACAGUUAAUUUCUAAUAAAGAAGUAUCUACAGAUG